ACAUUCUGUUGUUUUAAAAGAGUCUUCCUGUUGAAAAGUCCAUACAUGUGAUUUGUGCAAGCUGAGGUAGACUGACAGACAGAACUUGCCCAGGAAUACAUGACAAUGGCCAAUAUACACCUCAAACCAGCUUCAAAACUGGUAGGAACUCUUCUGUUUUGGGUCUGUCUGUGUCUAUUGGUCACGACACUGCAAACUCUGGUUCCAAACGGACAGAAACACACAGUGAUGCAGACAACAUCAACCCCACCGACUGAAGUGCACAGGACUACAUACACCAGAGCAGAUCUUGGCCAUGGAGAGAGAAAUACUUUCGACUGUGCCAACAAGUCCAUCUGUAACAUUUACUGUAAGAUUUGUGUGAGCAAUGAUUGGACACUUCAAGAAUGCUAUAAAACCCUGGUUUAUUUGUGUAAAAGUAAUUUUGCUAACACUAUGGAUUCCAUAAACAGUACCGACUGGUGUUCAUUGGAGCAAGUAAAAAGUGCCUACAACAUUUUCACUGUGUGUACCGAGUCUAUUGCGGACUGUUUUCUGCUUCCCUGGCCUAACAAUUUAGUUGAACACACAUUUGUGGAUAUCCACUCCGAAUAUUUUCUAGAAUGUCCUACAGAGGGACUGAGAGACCCCCCUCCCAGCAUCGUCCUUGCCCUAGUCAUGACCCCCAUAUGCCUAAUUCCUGUUAUGGUGAUUCUAGUUGUUCUCAAGACCAAAAAUGGAGAUAGGAGGUCCUAGAGAAGAUUCCAGAUCCAAGAAGAUUUUGUUCUUAUACCUUCCUCUACUUUUUUGGGGUAGGAGCCCAACUCUGCCCCAGGAUAAUUUUUUGGCCUGACACUGAGCCAAUGAAUUUGCAUCUGACCAUCUCCAGGUGCGAGUACUUAAGUGAAGGAUGACCAAUAGUUUGUCCGGGCUCUGACUAUAAAAAUAUUAUUGCACCUCAAUGAGGCUGAGUAAACUCAUUGAUGGUUAGACAUUUGGAUUGCAUUUAUCAUUAUAUUUAUGCAUUAUGAUGACAGUCACAUCUCUGAAUUGCACACUUUUUUUGUUGUCUUCAGGUUUAAAUGCAUAAUCCAUUGAAAUGUGAAAUGACAGUGGAUAAAAGGUUCAUUUGAUUUAAUCAGACAUACUGUGUAUAUAAUCAGAUGUAGAAGACAACACAAGAUUUAUUGAGUGACCACUUUAUGCAUUGUAAGAAAUGGUAUCUUAACUCAUGUUUUAAAGGAAUAGUUCACUCAAAAAUUAUAAUUAUCUCAUCGUUUACUCACCCUCAUGUCAUCUCAUACUUGUAUGACUUUCUUCCGCAGAACACAAACAAAGGUAUUUUAUUGGAUAUAUGAUGUCUGUUUGACCAUGCAAUGCAAGUGAAUGGUGACCACAUUUUCAAGCUCCAAAAAGGACAUAAAGUCAUCAUAAAGGUAAUCUAUUAAACUCCAGUGAUUUAAUCCAUGUCUCCUUAAGUGAUCUAAUCGGGUGAGAAAAGAACAAAAUGUAUCUCUUUUUUCACUGUACAUCUUGCCAUUACAGUCUCUAGGCAUGAUCAUGGUUUCAAGCUAGAUGUGCUGAGUGCUAGAUUCCGCAAUAGGAAGUGUAAUCAAGCUUGAAAUCAUGAUUGCCAAGGAGACUGCUGAUGUCAAGAUUUAAAGUGAAAAAGGAGUCAUACUUUGGUCUGUUCUCACCCAAAAUCGAUUGGAUCACUUUAGAAGACAUUGAUUAAACCACUGGAGUUUUAUGGAUUACUUUUAUGCUGCCUUUAGGUCCUUUUUGGAGCUUGAAAAUCUGGUCACCAUUCACUUAAAUUAUAUGGACAAAACACCUUAUAUCUUCAUCAACAUGUGUUUGUUUGUGUUCUGUGGAAGAAAGAAGUUUGAGAUGACAUACAAGUUUGAGAUGACAUUAGGGUGAGUAAAUGAUGGUAGAAUAAUCCUUUUUGGUUGAACUAUUCCUUAAAUGUCGAUUUUGAUGUUAGUUCAUUGACAAGUGCUGUUUAGCUGGCUCUGAUUAUAGCCUUUGUGAUUUCAUUUCUAUUUUGACACAAGUCAUAAAGAUUGACUUUUUAAAUGUAUUUUAUGACAACUAAUGAUGAUUUAAAUGAUAAUGAGUCAAUUUGUAUGCCUGACAGAACAAAGCCAAAAGAACAGUCUCACUCCUUUCAACUGGCAGCUUAUUAAAUAUCUGUUUAUUUAUAUAAGUUAACAGCUGACGUGUCGGAAAACAACAGUGGCACUGUUGAAAUGAGAAGUGGUAGAGUGGUAGAAACUGAUGGAGGAUUACUGUAUAUAUGCUGUAAUGUUCUCUUUACUGGCAUUGUGCUUACUGAUGUUUUAAACACAAUUUGUAAUGCUCCUCACCCAAAUGACUUAGUGGACACAGAACUGCAUAGUAUAGCUUUACAUAGCAUUAUCAUCACUGUAUCAUUUGUAGACACGUAAAUGAGAUUUGGAAUUAGAAUUGUUUCUUGUUUCAUAAUUAUUUCACAAGAUAAGGAUUGUUUCAUAAGUGAAGGAAGAAGAGCAUUUUCAAAGACAUUUUCAAGCCUUUUUUCCAUAUCUGUCUUAAAAGAGAAAAUUAGACAAAUUGUACUGAUAUUUAAUUACAUUUAAUUUAAGGGCAUCUGUAUCGAGCACUUUGCAGAACCACUUUAAGAGUCUGUGAAGCCUAAUUUUAUACUUAAAUAAAUUACCUUUCAUUUAA